GAAAGUAGCAACGAAGUCAAGUCUUCCUUCGAGUAUCCACACUCCCACGUGCCACAGACAAUACACAGUGCUUGUCUCUGUCUAAUAUUAUUAUAGUUACAGUGCAAUUCAAGAAACAAACUUAUACUUUGAGUCAACCAACCAAUUUACAAAAGUAAAGUAAAUCCAAUUUCACGUAAUAUUAGAUUACUUCUCUUAAGAAACCAAAAUCAUAAUCACAAAAGUAGAAGUAGUAAUUAACAGAAACCAACCAUGACGAUGUCAUCAUCUUCUUCAGGCGGAGGAGCAUUCAGAUUACGUUGGGAUGUGUUUUUGAGUUUCCGAGGAGAAGAUACUCGCGAAUGUUUCACCAAAAAACUGUAUGAAUCAUUACACAAACAAGGUGUUCGUGCUUUCAUGGAUGAUGAGGGUUUGGACCGUGGGGACCACAUAGCUACCACUCUUCUUGAAGCCAUUGAUGACUCUGCUGCUUCCAUUGUUAUCAUUUCACCUAACUAUGCUGAUUCUCAUUGGUGUCUUGAUGAACUCAACAGGAUUUGUGAUCUUGAAAGGCUUAUUAUUCCUGUUUUCUAUAAGGUUGAUCCAUCUCAUGUCAGGAAACAAUUGGGUCCUUUUCAAGAUGGGUUUAAUUAUCUUGAAAAGAGGUUUGCAAAUGAAAAAGAUAAAAUUUUGAAGUGGAGAGACUCUAUGCUUAAAAUAGGUGGUCUUGCUGGCUUUGUUUUCAAUUCUAGUGAUGAUGGCGAUCAUGAGAAUCUGAUACGUCGUUUGGUGAAAAGGGUUUUGAAGGAGUUGAGUAAUACUCCAAUGGUUGUGUCUGAGUUUGCUGUGGGGAUCAAUGAACGUGUUGAGAAGGUGAUAAAUUUGUUACAACUCCAAUCCAACAAUGUCAAGGUUUUGGGGUUGUAUGGGAUGGGUGGUGUUGGCAAGACAACCCUUGCUAAGGCUCUCUUCAAUAGUUUUGUUGGUCGUUUCGAGCGUAGAUGCUUCAUAUCAAAUGUGAGACAAUUUGCAUCUAAAGAUGAUGGUUUGGUUUCUAUUCAAAACAAUAUUAUUAAAGAUCUUUCUUCUCAAGAAGGAACUCGGAGUUUUAUCAGUGAUGUCAAAGUUGGUAUUUCUACUAUCAAAAGAAUAGUUCGUGAAAAUCGAGUUCUGUUAGUGUUGGAUGAUGUUGAUCAUGUUAAUCAGCUUGAUGCUUUGAUUGGUAAAAGGGAAUGGUUUCAUGAAGGAAGCUGUAUAAUAAUUACAACAAGAGAUACAACUGUUUUGCCUGAAAAACAUGUCAAUGAGUUGUAUGAAGUUACAGAAUUGUAUGCUGAAGAAGCUCUAGAGUUAUUCAGUUACCAUGCAUUGAGGAAAAAGGAUCCUCCACCAGACUUUCUGAGUUUUUCAAAGCAAAUUGUGUCUCUUACGGGAAGAAUGCCAUUGGCUUUGGAAGUGUUUGGUUGCUUUCUGUUUGGUAAGAGAAGGGUGGACGAAUGGGAGGAUGUUGUUAAGAAGCUGAAAACUAUUCGCCCUGGGAAUCUUCAUGAUGUGUUGAAGAUAAGUUAUGAUGGGUUGGACGAACAAGAGAAAUGUAUAUUCCUUGAUAUUGCAUGUUUCUUUGUUCAGAUGGGCAUGAAGCGCGACGAUGUGAUUGAUGUAUUGAGAGGCUGUGGUUUUAGAGGAGAGAUAGCCACGACGGUCCUUGUAGAAAAAUGCUUAAUCAAAGUAAGAGAGGACAAUACCUUGUGGAUGCAUGAUCAAAUUAGGGAUAUGGGAAGACAGAUUGUUCUUGAUGAAAACCAUGUUGAUCCUGGGAUGCGUAGCAGAUUGUGGGAUCGUGCUGAAAUCAUGUCUGUUUUGAAGAGUAAGAAGGGAACAAGAUGCAUACAAGGAAUUGUACUAGACUUCAAGGAAAGAUCAAACCAGUGGAGUAAAAAUUAUCCUCCUCAACCUCAAGCAGAGAAAUAUAACCAAGUUAUGCUUGAUACAAAAUCGUUUGAACCGAUGGUUAGCUUGAGGUUGCUUCAGAUCAAUAAUCUGAGUUUGGAAGGUAAGUUUCUUCCGGAUGAACUGAAGUGGCUACAAUGGCGAGGAUGUCCUUUAGAAUGCAUAUCUUUGGACACUUUGCCACGUGAACUGGCCGUCCUUGAUCUCUCAAAUGGCCAGAAAAUUAAAAGCUUGUGGGGAUUGAAAAGUCAAAAGCAGGUACCAGAGAACCUAAUGGUCAUGAACCUCUCCAACUGCUACCAACUUGCUGCAAUCCCUGAUUUAUCUUGGUGUCUCGGCCUAGAAAAAAUUAAUUUGGCGAACUGCAUUAAUCUAACAAGGAUUCAUGAAUCCAUUGGCAGUUUAACUACUUUGCGUAAUUUGAAUUUGACACGUUGUGAAAACUUGAUUGAACUUCCUAGUGAUGUAUCUGGACUGAAACAUCUGGAGAGCCUCAUUCUUUCUGAAUGCUCCAAGUUAAAAGCAUUACCAGAAAACAUAGGCAUGCUUAAAUCACUGAAAACCCUUGCUGCUGAUAAAACUGCCAUAGUAAAGUUGCCCGAGUCCAUUUUUCGCUUGACCAAACUUGAACGACUUGUUUUAGAUCGUUGCUCACAUUUGAGAAGACUACCAGACUGCAUUGGAAAACUAUGUGCUUUGCAAGAAUUAUCUCUUUAUGAAACAGGUUUACAAGAAUUACCCAACACUGUCGGUUUCUUGAAAAACCUUGAGAAAUUAAGUUUGAUGGGGUGUGAAGGUCUCACUCUAAUGCCUGAUUCUAUAGGAAAUCUCGAAUCGUUGACAGAACUUUUGGCUUCCAACAGUGGGAUUAAAGAACUCCCUUCCACCAUUGGUUCUUUAUCCUAUCUGAGGACUUUACUAGUUAGAAAGUGUAAACUCAGUAAAUUGCCCGACUCGUUUAAAACUCUGGCCUCAAUUAUUGAACUUGACUUAGAUGGAACUUAUAUCAGAUAUCUGCCAGAUCAGAUUGGAGAGUUGAAACAACUUAGGAAACUUGAGAUUGGGAAUUGUAGCAAUCUUGAAUCAUUACCGGAAUCCAUUGGCUACCUAACAUCUCUUAAUACACUGAACAUAAUCAAUGGAAAUAUCAGAGAAUUGCCAGUGUCGAUUGGAUUAUUGGAAAAUCUUGUUAACUUAACAUUGAGCAGAUGUAGAAUGCUUAAACAGCUUCCAGCUUCUAUAGGAAACCUGAAGUCUCUAUGUCAUUUAAAGAUGGAGGAAACAGCUAUGGUAGACUUGCCUGAAAGUUUCGGUAUGCUCUCAAGCUUGAGAACACUCAGAAUGGCAAAGAGGCCUCAUUUAGUUCCAAUAUCAGUGAAGAACACUGGCUCUUUUGUGUUACCGCCUUCUUUCUGUAAUCUGACCUUGCUACAUGAGUUGGAUGCCCGUGCCUGGAGAUUAUCGGGAAAAAUUCCGGACGAUUUCGAGAAGCUAUCACUAUUAGAGACUUUAAAGUUGGACCAAAACAAUUUUCACAGCCUUCCUUCUAGCUUGAAAGGCCUUUCCAUUCUCAAGGAACUCUCACUGCCAAAUUGCACGGAGCUGAUUUCUCUCCCCUUACUUCCUUCAAGCUUGAUCAAGCUAAAUGCUAGUAAUUGCUAUGCAUUAGAAACUAUACACGACAUGUCAAGUUUAGAGAGUUUGGAGGAGUUGGAACUCACAAAUUGCGAGAAAGUGGCUGAUAUUCCAGGUCUUGAAUGCUUGAAGUCUUUGAAAAGAUUGUACCUGAGCGGUUGCAAUGCAUGCUCCUCCAAAGUAUGCAAAAGACUUUCAAAGGUUGCACUGAGAAAUUUUGAGAACUUGAGCAUGCCAGGAACCAAGUUACCUGAAUGGUUUUCAGGAGAAACUGUAAGCUUUUCCAAUCGCAAAAAUCUCGAGCUAACAAGUGUAGUUGUAGGUGUUGUUGUUUCAAUUAACCACAAUAUUCAUAUACCUAUAAAGAGAGAAGAAAUGCCUGGAAUCAUUGAUGUUGAAGGAAAAGUCUUCAAACAUGGGAAACAAAAGUUUGGUACAACGUUAAACAUUCGUGGGGUGCCAAGGACAAAUGUAGAUCACAUACACUUGUGUAGGUUCCAGAAUUACCAUCAAUUAGUAGCCUUUUUAAAAGAUGCUGAUACAUUUUGUGUGACUACGAGAAGUCCUCCUUUUGAUAAAGGAUUGAGGUUGAAGAAAUGCGGAGUUUAUUUAAUCUUUGAAGGGGAUGAUGAUUAUGAUGGAGAUGAAGAAUCGUUGGACAAAGGUUUACAAUCUGUUUCAGAAAGGUUGGCCAGGUUUUUUAACACUUGCAAUGAAGGUGUCGAUGCUACCUGUGCCACUGAGAGUGAAGAUGAGUGUCAACAUGAAUUGGAGCACGAAAAUGGAGAGCCUGGAACUAGAUCACUUCGUGUUGAAGGCAAUUACAUUAUUCUCUGCCUGUUUAGUCUAUUAUUUCUGUUGUUUAGUUGGUUUUGGUUGAGGUGUAUGCCAAGUGCUGAAAGAAAAGAUUGAUACAUGCUAUCGAGUUCAUUGAGACAAUGGUUGCUUUUUCACUGAAAAAUUCUUGAUUAAAACAACAUUUGCUCCUUCAGAAUUGCUACUGUUUCUGCCUUUCUGACAUAUAUGUUACCUUCUUUUGGAAGAAAAAAAAAAAUAUAUUUAGUAGUACUGUA